ACAUAUUCGUGAAGAAGCAAAUGCCAAAUGGCUUAUAAAAAAGGGCUUAACUCCUGACCCUUAUCUUUAUCAAAUCCCAGAACCGGGUGAACGUUUUGAAUACGUUGUAGUUGAGCAGGAUAAUAAUUCAUCACAGAGAGUGGGUGAUAGAAUGGAGUAUCCAGAC